CUUGUUUUUGUUAUUUUGUUGUAAGGGGAAGGAUUUACGCAAAGCACUUGUUUCCAGUCGGUGUGUUUUUGCUGACGUGCUAAUCUCGUUUCCCGACAAAAAAAGCCAAAAAACAGAGAAAAUCAGACCAGGUGAUGGAGUUUGCAGAGUUGAUAAAGACACCCAUGGUGGAUGGUGUUGUCCUCCAUCGACCUUUCAUGCCCAAUGUUGAAGGGACCCUGUGCCUGACUGGUCAUCACCUCAUUCUGUCCUCUAGACAGGACAACACAGAAGAGUUGUGGCUGCUUCAUUCCAACAUUGAUUCGAUUGAGAAGAGAUUUGUGGGGUCACUGGGGAGCAUCAUAGUCAAAUGUAAAGACCUGAGGAUCAUCCAACUGGAUAUACCUGGCAUGGAGGAGUGUCUAAACAUUGCCAGCUCUAUUGAGGCUUUGUCUACUUUGGAUUCAGUGUCCCUGAUGUACCCUUUCUUUUACCGGCCCAUGUUUGAAGUCAUAGAAGAUGGCUGGAAUUCUUUUCUUCCACAGGAUGUUUUCAAAGAUUUGGAGUCUAUGACAGAUGAGUGGAGGCUGAGCGAGGUCAACAAGGACUUCAGUUUGUGUCCGUCAUACCCCCCUCUUGUGGCAGUUCCCAAACAUAUUGACGACGACGCACUAAGGAAAGUUGCCACCUUCCGUCAGGGUGGCAGAUUCCCCAUACUUAGCUACUACCACAAAAAGAAUGGCAUGGUGAUGAUGCGAGCGGGACAGCCUCUGACAGGUACCAACGGCCGGCGGUGCAAGGAAGACGAAAAGCUCAUCAAUGCCACUUUACGGCCAGGCAAACGUGGCUACAUUAUCGACACGCGCAAUAUCAGUGUAGCCCAGCAGGCCAAAGCUCGUGGUGGCGGUUUUGAAUCUGAAGGUAGCUACCCCCAGUGGAGGAGAAUCCACAAGAAUAUUGAAAGGUCUAAUAUUCUCCAGGAGAGCCUGAUCAAGCUGGUGGAGGCGUGCAACGACCAGUCCCACAACAUGGACCGUUGGUUAAGCAAGCUGGAGGCUUCCAACUGGCAGACUCAUGUUAAGGAGAUCCUCACCACUGCAUGCCUGGCUGCCCAGUGUAUCGACAGGGAGGGAGCGUCUGUGCUCGUUCACGGCACAGAGGGCGUGGACUCCACCCUGCAGGUGACCUCCCUCGCUCAGAUCAUCCUGGAUCCAUCCUGCAGGACCAUCAGAGGCUUCCAGGGCCUGGUGGAGCGGGAGUGGCUCCAGGCGGGCCACCCGUUCCAGCAGCGCUGCGCCAUGUCAGCCUACUCGAACAGCAAGCCCCGCCAAGAGGCCCCUGUGUUCCUGCUCUUCUUGGACUGCAUGUGGCAGAUCUUGCGCCAAUUUCCAUGCUCUUUUGAAUUCCAUGAGAGCUUCCUGGUGCUGCUGUUUGAGCAUGUUUAUGCGUCGCAGUUUGGUACUUUCCUGGGCAACAGUGCAGCUGAGAGGGUCAAGCUGUCUCUGCCUGAGAAGACUGUCUCUCUCUGGUCUUGGGUGAAUCGGCCCCAGGAACUGGAGCAUCUUUCCAACCCGCUCUAUGAGGCCAACAGUCUUGUGAUUUGGCCGUCUGUGGCGCCUCAGAGCCUGCUGCUGUGGGAAGGAGUGUUCCUUCGCUGGAACCGCUCCUCCAAGUGUUUAGACGAGGCGUACGAGGAAAUGGUGCAUAUAAUUGAGUACAACAAGGAGCUUCAGAGCAAAGUCAACAGUCUGCGCAGGCAGCUGGCUCAGCUGGAAACAGAAGAUCCUCUGCUUCAAACACCAUAGAGAGACAGAGACCUGCAGAGUGCAGAUGAGGUAAAAAUGAGAAAAUAACUAAACAUGAAUGAGAAGUAUUUCAAAAUCAAACAGGUUUACAUUAAGUGUCAGUCAUUUGAGAAAUAUUGGAGCUAAAAA